AUGUCCUGGGCCAAACGGAAACUUGAGGAGGUACUUUUGAGUGAAGCUGCUACAGGAGAUAAAGAGAAGGUGACGGAGCUGCUCCAACUGGAGGUGGAUGUCAACUGUUGUGCCAACAGGAAAGGAAACACACCACUUCACUGUGCAGCUUUAGGAGGACAUGUUAGUGUUGCUGAACUCCUUCUGAAGGCUGGAGCACAGGUGGACAGUAGGGAUGAGGUAAGGGAUAAAGUCACGCCAAUCCACAACGCAGCUUCAGGAGGACAUGUUGGUGUUGCUGAACUCCUCCUGAAGGCUGGAGCACAGGUGGACAGUAGGAAUGAGGGUAAUGGCAACAGGCCACUUCACAAGGCAGCUUCAAGAGGACAUGUUGGUGUUGCUGAACUCCUCCUGAAGGCUGGAGCACAGGUGGGCUGUUGGGAUGAGCUUAGAAACACGCCACUUCACAAGGCAGCUUCAGGAGGACAUGUUGGUGUUGCUGAACUCCUCCUGAAGGCUGGAGCACAGGUGGACAGUAGGGAUCGGGAUGAAAACUUGCCACUUCACGAGGCAGCUACAGGAGGACAUGUGGGUGUUGCUGAACUCCUCCUGAAGGCUGGAGCACAGGUGGACAAUAGGAAUGUGGUAAGGUUUGGCGCUUACUACUGGUGA